AUGGGUGAAUUUCUUAGCGUUCUGUGUGAAGAGAGUGAUGGCGAACCACUGGGAGGUGAAGGAGAGCAUGCAGUAGUGGAGUCUAACAGUUAUGGUGAAGUAGAUGAUGAGAAAGAUACUGAAGAAUCAAGUGAAGAAGAUAGUGAUGAAGAUCAAAUCAAAUAUUCCAUCCAUGAUCCGAAGGUCAAAUGGAAUGUUAUGAAACCAGUUCUCGGAGAAAGUUUGAGCGUUGUACACUAUCUUCUACGCAAAUCGGAACCUGCCGGAACCUUAUCUGUUUCCAGUGCCGACUUCGUCGGAGCUCCCGAUCUCGCCGGAACGCUAGCAACUUCUUGCGCCAAGUUCACCGGAGCACUGGAGUUCCACUUCUUCCCCUCUCCUUCCUCUGCAUUAGAAUCCAAAGAACACCAACUACAUAGAAGACAUCGAAGCUUCUUUGAUGUCUUUGCAUAUAUUAUUCCUAACAUAUCAUCGGUGGGAAAACCCCAAAAAAUGGGUAAUUCCAUCUCACUCGUAUGUUGUCCCUAUGAAUUGGUAAGAGAGAGAGGUGAUGUUUUAGUGAUCAAAGAAGAUGGCGAGUCAUUAAGAUUCAAAGACGGGAUAUUUGUGAAAGAUAUUCUUUUUGCUUAUCCUUAUCACAAGAUAAUCCGGUGUUGUUCCGAAAGAACAGUCGUACCAAGAGAAAACCAACUGAGUUGCAACUGGCUUUACUUCUUGUUGCCAGUUGGGUUGGCACUCAGUGAAGCUGCGUACCGGAGUCUCAUCCGGUCUGCAGCUUCACAAAAUCUGAAUGCCAGCAUAACAACCAUGAUUAAGAUAGAGGAGAACAAUCAACAGAGGAAGGAAAAUGAUCAUAAGGGGAAAGGUCCAGCGUACAAAGAUUGUAGCUCUACGUACAAGUGGAAACCAAUUCUAAGGACGAUCCCAGAGAUAACCUCACCUUCUAUCUAA